AGCGCCUAUAAAUAGCGGGCACCGAAGCAUCACAGAGAUCAUCAAACCAUAACCACCGGAACUUCUGAAGUGCAAUACCAUCAGGCAUCAGCGCAAACGUAGCUCGGUUUCCUAUCCAGUUCGAGAUGUCUUCUGGGUCAAGGAGCUCAUCCCGCGGCGGCGCCAACGCGGAGUGGAGCAAGAAGGAGAACAAGCUGUUCGAGGACGCACUCGCCUACUACGGCGAGGGCACGCCCGACCGCUGGCUCAAGGUGUCCCGCGCCAUGGGCGGGACCAAGACGGCCGACGAGGUGCGCCGCCACUACGAGAUCCUCGACGGCGACAUCAAGCUCAUCGAGUCCGGCAGGGUCCCUUUCCCCAAGUACAACACCCAGGGGGCUUGGAACUGAUCCAUCAGUCAAGGAGCAAAGCUUCUGAAUGCUGAAGAUCCUGCAAACAGGAUAACCUGUUGAUAAUCUAGUCCUUGGCUCGGGCCAUGUUACUGAAGCAAGCAUAAUUAUGUACCGUAUAACAAAGAUUGUGAGCACUUGGUUAAGAAGAAAACAUAUGUGUGUGUACAUAAUAUUAGGUUCGUAAGCAAAUCAAGUGCGCUUGGUCUUGCCUCUUGCAGACUCUAGCAUUUAUUUUUCAUUACAUACAAUAUUACUCAACUUCAGCAAGUUUUGGAGUAAACAUCAGUGAUGUAAAUCCCCUGUACUUGUGUGUAGUGUUUGUGAACUUGUGCUUGGUAGAAUAUUCAUGUUUUGUCUAUCUUCAAGACUUGAUGUUUACAUCUGCACUUCUCAAGUUAUCAUUAUCGGCCCCUUCGGACAAAGAUGGAGUAUAUAUGACUAUGCAGCAUCUGAUAACUUGUGUACUCCCUCCGUUUUAUUUACUCUGCAUAUUAGCUUCGAUUGAUGUCCCCCCUCAGUCAGGCCCUGAGAUGUAGUUGUGGCACGUUUGGUUGACUAUGUUUUCUGUUGGACCUGCAUGGCAUGAAACUUAAAGCAUUAUUGGGAAGAGCGCUCGAAUCGUCCUUUUUCUCAGCCAGGCUCGAUGCAGUUUUGGCAUGUUUGGUUGACUAUGUUUUCUGUUGAGAUUGUAUGGCACGAAACUAAAAGCAGUAGAGAAGGAACACUCGAAUCAUCCUUUUUCUUAGCCAGGCCCGAGCGAGCUAAGCGAGCAUACGUGGUGGCUCUCAAGCUGGCGCGGCCUGGUUUGCAUGUGUUCUAUUCUACUCACCUCCUUUAAUUUCCUUCACCUGCCCCAUCUAAUCUACACAAUUGUGUUUCAAUUCGAGGUAAACACUACACAAAUUAAAGAUGCACAUCAAUGUUGUGUUCCAUCAGGCAAUCAGUAAAUAUUCACUUUCGUUUUCAUGUUUGGAGCUUUUUUAGAUGAAUUUCAAGAAACUUUUUGCACACGUCAACCAUUUGAAAUUUCCUCUGACCACUAGCUUCGUUGGUGACUUUCCUAUUGCAAGUGUUCUGUUUCGAUGAUCGUAGAUGAAUAGAUCUACAUCUCCCUAUUAGACUGUACAAACAUGCUCGUGUGUGCAUAUUAUUUUGGAUGAAUUUCAGCAAAUUCUUCGCGCACGGUCAAUCGUUCGAAAUUUCUUUUGACCACUAGCUUCAUUCCGUUGUUCCACAUAACUCGUAUGCUAUAAGUUUUUUAUUUCGAUGCUCAUAGAAAAAGUUCUUGGGGUGUGGUGGUGUGAGGCAAGUUCACCACGUGAAUAAUAAGUUAGGUUGAUCAUUUGUGCGCAUGUAACCAAACAAGUGAGCAUUCCAUCCGAAGAGCACAUGUAUGCAACCAAACAACCGUGCAUAUGUUUCUACUCAGCCAAGCUCGGAGAUGCGGGCAACUAAACCAAGUACAGAACAUGUCAUGCUCUUAAGCAAUGACGCAAGCCAUGCAAAAAUUGCAAGCAAUCUUUGCUUCAUCAACGUGUGCUUGUGUCUGGUUUGGUGGUAUUUAGGUUCAUGCUUCAGUGGCAAAGCCAUGCAAAAACUAUUUUUAUACGCUAUCUUUGCUUCACUAACAAUUGACAUUAGCAUGUUAACAAGUUGGAAGUUCAAGGAUUGCCAGAGGCCAUGAAGGGUGGUUUUGCCAAAAACACAAA